AUGGCAAAAACAAAACUCAUCACAUUCUCUUGUCUUCCGAGACAAAGACAAGGCGCUCCAUUCUCACAUAGUCGCAUUGUAAGUAUUGUUGGCGCGCAUGUGCAGGGCCCACCCAAUUAUGCUUCGUCUCACUUUUGCAAGUCUGUCAUCUACUUGCUUUUUCUUCCUACCCGAAUCGUCUGCCGCAUGUCUUCUCGUAUACUUUUUAGACGCGCAACGGCGGCCAAAAUGCAUCUGUUGGCAAGAUGCUAUGCGGUUCCACCGCAAAGUCAGCCAGAAAACUCGGGUCCAGACACCACCCAUUUCGGUUUCCAGACUGUCAAAAAGGAUGAGAAGGAAAAGUUGAUUAGAGGCGUGUUUUCUUCAGUUGCUUCUAAUUACGAUGUGAUGAACGACGCAAUGUCUUUUGGCGUCCACAGACUUUGGAAGAGCCAUUUCAUCAACAGACUAGAUGCUGGUAUGAGACCUGGAUCUUCGCGUCCAUUAGACUUCCUUGAUGUUGCAGGUGGAACUGGUGACAUUGCUUUUGGUUUGUUGGACCACGCAGAAAAACACUACCAUGACACUCAAUCCACCAUGACUAUUGCAGAUAUCAACCCCGACAUGUUGGCGGAAGGUAAAUUGAGAUACGCUAAAACUAAAUGGAAUGAUGGCAAGAACAGAGUACAGUUCUUGGAACAAAAUGGCGAGACCAUGGAUGCAAUCCCAGACAACUCUAAGGACGUGUAUACUAUCGCCUUUGGUAUCAGAAACUUCACCAACAUCCAAGCUGGCUUGAACACCGCUUACAGAGUGUUGAGACCAGGUGGAAUUUUUGCGUGUCUCGAGUUUUCUCAUGUUGACAAUCCUGUUGUGGACUACAUUUAUCAAGCUUACUCGUUCAGUAUGUUGCCUUUGAUGGGCCAAUUGAUUGCUGAUGACAGAGACUCUUAUCAGUACUUAGUGGAGAGUAUCCAACGGUUCCCUAAACAGGAGGAGUUUUCUGCUAUGAUCGAAAAGGCUGGCUUCUAUGUUCCAGAAAAGGGCUAUGAGAACUUAACUUUCGGAGUGGCCAGCAUUCACAUUGGUGUUAAGCUUUAG